AUGCAGGCUCCCGGGGUCGCUACUCCCACUCACCCUCAUGCUUCUGCUCCUCCUCAUAACCCUCUUGCUCCCGCUCACCCUGCUAACCCUGCUGCUGCUACUCCUGCUGCUGACGCUGGCAGUGUUCCUAUGGCAGCACAAGGGGCGGCAUCAGGGGCGGCACAAAGGGCAGGGGCGGCACCAGGGGCGGCACAAAGGGCAGGGGCGGCACAAAGGGCAGGGGCGACACCAGGGGCGGCACAAGGGACAGGAGCGGCAGCAGCAGCAGCAGCUGAGAGCAGCGAUGCCACCACCAGUAGCGGUACUGAUGGCAGCAUUUCCACUGAUCAUGCAGAUAGCGCCUCAGCAACUCGUGCUUUCAAUGCGCCUCAAAAGUCCACCCAAUCAGGCAACACCCACCCAGGCAUGAUUCCAGUGGUGCAGUUUCUGCGGGGGGAGGCAGGUUGCAACCGGAGGAGGUACAUGCAGGCGUCUCUCCGCCAGGCACUGCUGCACAACACGUGGGUCAUUCUCAUUGGCCCGCGCGCGUGCCGGGAAGAAAUGACCGAACUCGGCAUUGAGUUAGAAGCAUACGAGGAUUAUGAGGAGUCAGCCCAUAUAGAGGAGCAGCUUGUAGAGGGGAUAGGGAAUUUGAAGGCGUAUCAUAUCCGCUGGUUCUUCCUACACGAAAUGAUGUUCGUACAGUCACACCUGCCGGAGGCAAAGCUUGCUCUCUGCGUGCGGUCCAAAAGUGUGCGCAUCAAUGCAACCAGCGGCCACGUGUCUCUGUGGUCAACGGAAGCUCUGGCGGAUUUCCUUGCGUUCUUCGUGAUCUUCUUCCAGGUGGGUGGCAGUCUCAGCUGUGGGUGUAUGCUGGGGUCCGUCUGUAAGUCAAGGCUUGCUCUAGGCAUGCGGUCAAGCAGUGUGCGCAUGCAUGAAUGCAACCAGCGGCCACGUGUCUCUCUGGUCAACGGAAGCUCUGGCGGAUUUCCUCGCAUUCUUCGUGCUCUUCUUCCAGGCGAGUGUGGCUCCAGCCAUGGGUAUAUGCGGGGGUCUGUCUGGGAGACAAGGCUUGCACUGGGCAUGCAGUCCAACAGUGUGCGCGUCAGGGCAGUGAGCGGCCACGUGUCUCUCUGGUCAACGGAAGCCCUGGCGGACUUUCUGGCAUUCUUCGUGCGCUUCUUCCAGGUGGCGGUGAAAGGAGGAACCCCGGGGGACCCCUCGCUCCCAUCUCAGCAGCGCUCAUACAACGACAUGAUUCAGCUGGGGUGGGAGGAACCCCAGGAGACCCCUCCCUGCCGGCUCAGCAGCGCACAUACAACGACAUGGAGUUGUUUCAUCUCAUUCUCUUGUCUCAUUUCAACCCCUUUCUUUCUCUCUUUACAGGCGGCGGUAAAGGGAGGGACCCCAGGAGACCCCUCCCUGCCAGAUCGCCAGCGCACGUACAACGACAUGAUUCAGCUGGGGUGGUAUGCCAUCCCUACCUGCUGGACGUCCCCUCCUGACCAAGCGCCCGCAAUGUGCAAGGACGAGGGAUCCGCCCAGUACCCGCGUCUGCACGGCAAGUUCCAGCCAGCCUUUAAGGCGGAGUCGCUGUGUGCGCCGCGGCAGUGUGAGGCGAGUGCUUGGAGCAAUGCCGGGUGGUGUGCCUUCGAUAACAACUUCUCUGUUGUGAGGCAAGAAGAAAAUUUUUCACUUCUGCCCGAGGGAAGGCAUGAAGACGCCAACCUCACGCGCCUAACCGCCCCAGGUAGGGAGGCGGGAGCAGGAGCAGCCAGUCGCAUGCAGACUCUCUUCACCCAGGAGAGCGACAGCCGUGCACCCACCUAG